AGAGAGAGAGAGAGAGAGAGAGAGGUAUAUAAAGGACCGUGACUGGCAAGCACACAGAAGAACAGAAACACCGACAAACACCACAAUGAGCGCCCUGCCACCGCCUCCAACGUCACCAAAACGCUUCGACUCUGUUUUGGGGCGCCCUUCCGUUGGCAUAGUGGGCGUCACUGUCCUGCCCUUCUCUGAGCUGGACGCAGAGCCGCUGGGAGUGCUGCAGUUUGUCCUCGGCCUUAUAGUUUACCUCGACGUCCUCUUGGGGUUACAAGUUUACACGCCGAGACCUCGGGACAGCCACGCGGGGACAGUGUUGGACAAGUACCGGGCAGCGAUGGAGAUUGGGCGGAAGGCGGCGGUGGGAGGGGCUGCGGGGGCUGGUGUGGGGUGUUGUGGGUGCGGUGGUGCCUUCCCCUCCUGCCCCCUCUCUGUCUUCAAUGCUCUGGGUGGAUACUUCUAAACACACACACACUUUCUGUUACCGAUUAACGCUUGAGGGAUUGAAAUGAACGCAAGGGAUUCAAGACUCGAGGAUUUUGUGUGGCGAGGUUUGCGAAUCAAGGACACUGCAUCGAUAGUACUUCCAUCUCACCGCCACUGUCUUCAAAGGGCUUUAUUGAAGUGACACGGAUUCUUAAGGGUGUUUCUGUAAUUCUAGCGCCAUGUUAGCAAGAUUUCGACCUUACCAAAGCGACAAAUUCACGUUAAAAAAAUAGUUAUAUUGAAAGAGGGAAGUGUUUCUGAAAAUGGCUUAUAAACUCAUUAGAUACGAGGAGACAUGGUGCGUGUGUUUGUCUGUGUGUUUCUGAGUACAGGUGUCUGAGUAUUGGUGAACGAUAAGGGAAAAUAAAAGAGAGAAAAGAAAGAAAGAAAAGAAAAGAAAUGCAAGAACAAACCAACUGAAAUAACGUAAACAGACCAGGAAGACACCGGACAGGAAGAGGCGGGGCUAACAAGGAGGAGGAGGAGGAAGAGGAGGAGAACAGAGGGAGCAUAUUGAGGAGGAGGAGCAGAACGGAGGGAGCAUAUGGAGGAGGAGGAGGAGCAGAAGGAAGGGAGCAUAUGGAGGAGA